AUGGGUGCGUGCGAACCACGUGUGUGUGCAAUGUACUACUGGUGGGUGUGUGGGUUUAUUUUGACUUCGGAGACGUCGCUGUCAGAUAACUGCAGUUUUGACUGUAAACUGAAAGAUUUUUCAUUCUUUUUCACCACAGGUUGCAGUGUUGUUAUUGCUGCUCGUAAAUUUGACCGAUUAAAAGCCACUGCAGAAGAACUGAAUAAUACAUUUUCUUCAAUGAGUCCUGCCAAAGCGACUCCUAUACAGUGCAAUAUCCGUAAAGAAGAGGAGGUGGAAGCUUUGGUGAAGACUACAUUGAAUUUGCAUGGGAAGAUUGACUUCCUGGUGAAUAAUGGAGGGGGCCAGUUUGCAAGUCCUUCUGAAGCCAUCAGUGCUAAAGGCUGGAAUGCUGUGAUAGACACAAAUCUGACAGGAACUUUCUAUUGCUGCAAAGCAGUGUACAAUGCCUGGAUGCAGGAACAUGGAGGAGUCAUUGUCAACAUUACUGCUGCUGUGAGAAAUGGAUUUCCUGGAAUGUCGCACUCAGGAGCUGCCAGAGCAGCAGUGGAUAACCUAACCAAGACUUUAGCUUUAGAGUGGGCCCACAGCGGGGUGCGAAUCAACAGUGUUGCUCCUGGAAUAGUAUUUUCAGAAACUGCGGUUGCCAACUAUGGAGAACAGGGUGUAGUUAUGUGGCUGAAGAGCAUACCAAAGGUUCCUGCCAAGAGAUCAGCAGUUCCUGAGGAGAUUUCUCCUGCAGUGUGUUUCCUGCUAUCUCCAGCUGCUUCUUACAUAACUGGGAUAACCAUGGUUAUAGAUGGUGGCCAGAGUUUAUAUGGCAGUAGCUUAGAAAUACCAGAUCACAACAGAUGGCCUUCACCACCAGAAGGAAGAAAUUCUGAAAUGCUUAAAAAGCUUAUUUCUGGUGAAUUCAAGCCAAAGCUGUAGUAGCAUGAAAUUCCCAGUUUCACAGUUGAAUAAUCUCCUGAUAAUCUCACUUUGUAACUUGGUAUUAUAAUUACCAGUAACCUGAUUUUUUUUAUUUUUUUUCCCCUCACAUAACCACAUAGAUUUUCAUUGUCCCACAUUCUCAUGUUUAAAACUUGAGAAGGUGCACAGGACGUCAUCUUUAACAAACACUCGCUGGCCCUUGGAAGGUGUAAAAUCAAUUCUUCAUUUGCACUGCCACUAAGUAAGGAAGAAUCACAGGAAUGGUUAAAAGAUAGCUACUUUGAACUGAAGGGACAGAAAGAAUGUUACAGAAUCAUUUUACACAAUGAUUUUUGGGGAGGAGAUGUAAGUCUUUGUUAUUGGUACCUGCAUCAGUAAUCCUUGUGGUGGCUGUUAGCAGUAUACUGUUUCUGUUCUACCACAAUCUGAAUGCUCACAAUGACUGAAGGAUUGAUUAAAGUACUUAUCUGAGAUGGGAAGAAAUAAAAAUAAAGCAGUGGUUGGUUAAAUAGCAGGAUACUGUUUUUACAGCUUCAAACUAUUGAAGCAUAUCAGAUGUUUCCAGUUGUUUGCAGAUAAAAUGACUUCAGGAGAUGAGCGGCUGCCACUUAAAUUUGUUCAUAGAAUAAUCAAAUAAUAAGGUGUAUGGUACAUUCAUGGAGAACUGUAUUGAUUUGAUAAUUUCAUAGCAAAAUCUGGAAGCAUGGGCUGUGGUGUAUAUUGCAGUGCUUCUUGCAAUUUGCUGGACUGGUGAAAGAAAAACUUAUGAAUCUUACAUUUAUCAAUGUAAAUGCUUUCUAUCCAUACUGUGUUCUCUACUGAUAUGCUGUUUAGAUAACACCUUUUUUCAUCAGCAUUCCUGAAACAGGUGUGAUUUAUGCUCAAUUGAGAGUUUUCAUUUAAAAAAAAAAAAACAACAACAAACAAAUAGGUCUUAGAAUAUAUUACUUGAAGAGGCUGUUUGUUGUAAUUAAUUCAAGGCAACUGUUCUCAUUUCUGAUAACUUUGAUUAAACUAUUAAAAUAAAUGAUUGUUGUAACAACUGAA